UAUGAGUCCAACUGGAGAGAGAGAGAGAGAGGGGAAGGGGAGCGACGCAUUAUUGCAGUAUAGUGCCAUCACACACACACACACACACACACACACAAACGAAACUAGUGCACAAACCGACACACAGAUACGCUUCCACACACUCGCCGGGAGAGGGGGAACAACGGUGGUGUUCGAUAAUUCUGAAACUAGACCACGGGAAAAUAGUGAAAUUAUAUAAUUGGGUAAUGUAAAGGAAAGAGAAAUCAGUUGUGUUUAGGUUUUGAAGGGGAACGUGCAAUCUAAACAAUUGGUGUGAUUUUGAGCAUCUCGACUCAGCAUCUUUGGAACAUCACGACUUCUCUUGCAUAGAUUUAUUAUGUAAAGAAAUUCGCCAAGCAUCCUUGGAUUUAUCCCUUAUGGAUUUUACGAACUGAAAUUGAGAAUCUGUGCAUCACCCGUAUUCACUUUCAACCUCUUACACCGCUGCCUUUCUUCGAGCGAAUAUUACCCGACGCUUGCCUGGGUAUUGCGGUAUUCUGGUGAUGACUUGCGGUGCUAAAGCAUUGCUUUGAGGUUACUGCAUCAGCUUCUGCAUUCGUUUGUUAUUAACGCAUCAAAGUAAUCAGUCGAGUCUCUGAGGUUCUGGACAUCUUUGGACGACAGCAGAGAUUUUUCCCAUUGCUUUUUUGUGAUUUCGCUUUUUUAUUUUUGACUACAGACCCUUCCCCCUUUCGUCGCUCUCUCUCUCCCCCCACCGCUCACUGACAGUGAGUCAGUUCUAAGCAGCUGCAUAGAAGAUGUCUGCCCCAGAUGCUGCUCCCCCAGCUGGACCUCCCGGAGCCCCAGGGGCCCCAGGAGCAGAUGGAGCCCCAGGUGGAGGGCCCCCACCCCCCCCUCCCAACACCUCCAGCAACCGCAGGCUACAACAGACACAAGCCCAAGUGGAGGAGGUGGUGGAUAUUAUGCGGGUGAAUGUGGACAAGGUUCUGGAGAGGGACCAGAAGCUGUCGGAGCUGGAUGACAGAGCGGAUGCUCUCCAGGCCGGGGCCUCCCAGUUCGAGAGCUGUGCAGCCAAACUCAAGAGCAAAUACUGGUGGAAAAAUGCAAAGAUGAUGAUCAUUAUGGGUAUCAUUGGAGUUCUCGUGGUCGGAGUCCUUUUCUUGUACUUCUUCUAUUGAGUAAUCCCACCGUGGCAGGACACAGACAUGAGAGCGGAAUAGGAGAGAAGAAGAAAACAAAAUCGACAAAAUCCAAACUCCUAUCCCGCCCCCUUUUCCUCCACACCAGGUCUUCCAUCUAGCACUUAAACAUGACGCUAGUGUGUAGAUGUUGUUGCUCUCUUUUCUCUUUGUCCUCCUGCCCUUCCCUUCUCUUUGAUCCAUAUUUCUUCCUCUGUUUUGGCGUGCUGUCUCACUCACUCUCUCCUGCCUCUGCGUCUCAUACAUUAUUGAAGUGUGCAGUAGGGAGAGAGAGAGAGAGAGAGAGAGAGGAAGCAGGAAGAAGUGAAAGAGAGAGAGAGAGGAAGCAGGAAGAAGUGAAAGAGAGAGAGAGAGGAAGCAGGAAGAAGUGAAAGAGAGAGAGCAUGGAGGAAGCAGGAAGAAGUGAAAGAGAGAGAGAGAGAAAGAGAGAGAGAGAGAGGAAGCAGGAAGAAGUGAAAGAGAGAGAGCAUGGAGAAAGAGAGAGUGAGUGCAAUGAAAGAGCGCAGCAGUUCUUUCUAUCCGCCAAAGCUUGUUCGUGUUACCUUUUGGAGAGCAUACCACAUUUGUAAAUUGAUACUGACAUACAGUACCUAACAACCCCUCCUGAUCCCCUACCUCAUACCACUACCAUUAUAAACACUACUUACUAAUACAAGGUCAUGUUUAAGAGUAUGAUCAUUUUGUCAUGUGUGUGUGUGUACUUGUGAUCCAAAUCAGUGUAGUCAGUAGCUUUUUCCAGGGUUAGUUGAUGUAGGCCUUGACGGGCAUUCCUGCCUUUUCCUUUACCUCCCUCUUCCUCUCACUCGCUGACUGUGGUGUUUAAGAGAGAGAUAGAGAGAGAAUAAGAAAAGCCAGGAAGGAUACUGGAAAAGGCAGAAACCACUUUUGGGACACUGACUUUUAGUAUAUCUUUAUUCUUGUACCACAGACAGACAGACGGACAGUUAGCGAGAUUGACAUUGAAACAGACAGUCUGUACCUACAUAGAGUAUUCUUUCAGGAGUGCAGACAAGUCUAUACAGCAUUAACUCUCAACACACCUAAAGGCAGGUCUGUGUAAUAACACUGCAUAGUACAUUUUUGAUUGAUUAGUGAGCAGCUUUACUGUGUUGUGGUUGUGUUCAGACACUCUUGUACGUUCUAGUAGAGAGGGUACAGGGUUAGGGAGGAAUGGUUCAAUAGACUGUCCCCUAUCUGGAGAGGACAUAACCAAAUAACCCCCCAAAUAACCCACUUCCUGCACAUUAAACCAACAAAAACACACACUAUUAUCUACAGUAGACUUUAGGCUGUUACCUACAAUAGCCUAUAGGCCCAAAUGGAAGUAAUGUUUGUGUCUUACUUGACUUGCAUGGCAGACGAUGUCCAUAGUUUUGCCUAUUUGUGUGACCUAUGUAUCUGCCAUUUCUGAAACUUAACUGCCGAUUGUACAUUUAUUUUGUUUGGUUUAGUGGUUUUCAGGACCUGUGUAUAGGCUACUGUAUCUAUGCGCUCAAUUAAUAACUCAUGCGUAUGCAAUGCAAUGAAGCUCAAGAGUUUGCCAAAUUUUUGUUGCUCACAUGCUUUCAAAAUAACUAAUACACAACCAGAGAACAAUGGUUGCUACAGUAGUAUUCUGACGGGGAAAAAACGAAAACCAUAGUAGCGUACAAGUAGUACCAUAAAGUACUUCAUCUUUGCCAGACUAUUGCUCCUGAAAAUGUGUUUUUUAGUAGGUUUAUAUUUUACUUUUGGUGUUGGAUAUUCCAGAAAAUAUAAUUUUCCUCUCAAUGGUUGAUAAAGAGGGACUGUUUGACACAUUGUAAAAAAAAAAAGAAAGAAAAAUAUUAGCUAUGUGUAAAUUGCAUUUAUGAAUGAAAAUAGUGGUGAUUCCUCAAAACAAUGAUCUAAUAAUAUUGUGCAAUAAUAUUAUUAGGUGAAUAAAUUAUACAACAUGAUAAUACUGGGAGAGAUACAACUGGAUCGUGAGAAUUCUUUAAACGCAUGCUGACCACUUGAUGCUAAUAAAGAAAAUCAUCAACAUGAA